UAUUCACUCUCUACUUUUUGUUGUGCUUCUAAUCUGUUUCCCACGCUGUAGAUUAGGUCCCGUUACAAACUCUCUCCAAAAUCCCCAAUUCCUUCCCUAAAACCCUAAUUUUCAAUUCCCCAAAUCCUAGCUCACCAGCCAUACAAAACCAUCCUCCGCAUUUUUAAUGGACAAAUCCGAUGAUAAAGACGAGCCAGUGGCUGCUAUGGAGCUUAGCCCCGGCGAUUCCCGGUCACCCGUGCGGCGCUGUGUUCGCCGGAGGUUGGUUCAGUCCACGCUGUUCCCGCAGAAACCCCUAGAACACGAAGAGAACGGGUAUCAGAAGGGUGAGAAGGGUUGUUGCGAUGAUGAGGGCGGUGAGGACGAGGAAUUCUGUGGGAGUCAAAGCAAGAAGAAGAGGAAGCCCAAAGGGAAAUCAAUGCCUCAACUUAUAGCUCCUAAGAAGAUGAAGGAGAAACGACCGGUGAAUACUACACCCAAGAAAACAUUGACUAAUUUAAAAAAGUGUGAAGAUGCAUCGCCGCCAAUGCCUGAUCUGCGGUUAGAGGCAAAGAUGUCAGCUAAGGAAAAUUCACGGAUGUUUGCAGGGAAGCAAAUGCAUCCUUUUUUCUCAUCUUGGAAAGCGGGUAAGAGUAAUCAAGAGGUGACUGAGGUGGAGGGUAGUUGUUGCUUGUUUGAGAGAAGGGAUAAAGGAAUUACGUGUGGCCCAAUUCACAUAUUUGAAACGACUCAAGAAGAUACAACAUAUAUUGACUGGAGAAACUGGGCAUUUUGCGAGGACACGUUUUGUAAUGCCAAUCAUGGUCUAGAAAACAAAUCUUUGUCAGUUUAUGAAGGCUCUGUUGAGUGCUUACAUAUUGAUAAGCUUCCCAUCUUUAUACAUCCCUGCAAUGCAUCAACCUUACAGAAUGAAGUUUCUUCUGAUCAGCGUGUUAGUCAACAAGAACAUUCACCUGAAGUGGACCAUGAGUGGGAUAAAGUUGGUUUAUUUUUUAGGCAUAUGGGCUGUCUAAGAAAAUCAGAUACUGAGCUGCAAAGUAGAUUUCUUCAGGAGAGGAUGAUAUCAUACUAUGCUGGUUCUGAUAAUCAGCUUGAGGAUGGUUUAUGGACAUCUAAGUACAAGCCCAAGAAGGCCAUGGAGGUAUGUGGUAAUGAUGAAGCUGUGAGGUUUUUGAGUGAUUGGCUACAGCUUUGGCGUGCAAAAGGCUCUCACACUAGCAAAGACGAGACUGUUAGUGGUCAACGUGGCAUGGAAAAUGAUGACUAUUACUGUUCUUACAAGGACUCUGAUUCAGAAGACAUAGAUGAAGAGGAUACUCUAAAGAAUGUUCUCUUAGUUACAGGACCAGUUGGGAGUGGGAAGUCUGCAGCUAUCUAUGCUUGUGCGCAAGAGCAGGGGUUUGAGGUCUUGGAGUUAAGUGCGUCAGAAUGUCGGAAUGGGGCUCUUGUGAAGCAGCGGUUUGGGGAGGCACUAGAAUCCCAUCGGCUCAAAAGGUCACUGGGACAUCCUGUGCAAUCACAGAACAAACCCAUUGUGAAAUCUACCCUGGCUCUACCCAAUGGUAAUGCAUCACAAGAUUCUGAAACUGAGGCUGUUGAAGUUGUACCCUUAUCAGACGAGGAAGCUCCCCAUGACAAGAUUGGAGCCUCCGGAAAUUUCAUGUACAAGGAGGAUGGAACUGCCUGUGAUCAAGUUGAAGUUAAGCCAUUGAUUCUAUUUGAGGAUGUGGAUAUUGCUUUUCUUGAAGAUCGUGGUUUUAUUGCUGCAAUACAACAAAUAGCUGAAACGGCGAAGGGACCCAUGAUUUUGACCAGCAAUAGUAACAAUCCUGUGCUGCCAGACAAUUUAGACAGGCUACAAGUGUAUUUCACAUUGCCACCAUCGAAAGAGGUGCUUUCUCAUGUAUAUAUGGUUUGUGCUACCGAAGGAGCCAACAUCCAACCUCAUUUACUAGAGCGAUUAGUUGGGUCUUGUCAUGGUGAUAUUAGGAAAGUCAUUAUGCAUCUUCAGUUCUGGUGCCAGGGUAAAGCAUUUAAAGAAGAUAGGGAGGUUCAGAGAACAUAUGGUUCGCUGCUAUUUGAUGUUGAAGCUGGCCACAAGAUGCUACCUAAGAUUAUCCCCUGGGAAUUCCCUUCUCAGUUAUCUGAGCUAAUUGAUAAGGAGAUCACCAAGUCACUAUCAAUGAUGGAAGAAAAUCCUAGUUUAAUGGAAGUAGUUGAGGAAGACAAAAAGGAAAUGCAGGAAGAUCUGGAUGCAUGUGAUAAUGAAACACACAGUAUAGAGACCAGGAAGUUAGAAAUGUUGGACAGGAAUGGCUCUGUUCAAGAUUGCAAUGAAUUCAUAGCUCAAUUUGGUGGAUUAUCUAACCCUUCAGGCACCCCUGUCAAUCCAUCUCGGCAAAAUUUUCGAAGGAAACUUAAUGUGGUGCUGUCUUCUGAUUCUGAAGAUGAAUAUUUAAGUGAUGGGAAUCCUGUAGUUUUGGAUAAAGAUGCUAACAAUAAAGGAUCCCAAGGAGUCAACAGCAGCUAUCCCUCAUAUCAUCCGUUCACUGAAAACUGCUCAAGUCCAUUAACUGAAAAGCUGUUUUCUAGAGUGAAAUAUUUGGAAGAAACAUGUCAUCACCGCUCAGAAAGACUGGAUUCUAUACAAAAUGAUGAAACAUGCCAGUCAUUUGAUGUAUCGUGUGUGCCAGAGUCAACAUAUGUUCCUGAAAGUGUGAUAGAUGAUGUGACAGAGCUGUUGUCUAGAACAGUAUCCUGUGGUCAUGUUGCUAAUACCUUAGAAUUUUCUGUGAGCAGUGAGUCAAUCCAGACCCUGUUACCAGUUGAAGCGCACAAUCUUGAUAAACCUAUGCGCAGAUUACGGAAAAGAUCAGAGAUGCAGGGAAAUAAUUGUGAUGCAAAUCCAGAAUUUUCUCAUGAAGUGGAGCUGGAAGAUUAUCAGGAUGAAAAUGUGGAGGCGACAGGUCAUCAAGUGAUGGAUGAAUGCAGUCGCAUGGAUUUCUAUAGGGGCUCCAAAUUUGUAGAGAAGCCCAGGUUGUCCAUGCUGACGGAUUUAGUACAAGAAUCAUGGAUAAAACUCCGUAGCUCCCGCACAGAUCUAAGGCAGUACGUUGCCUUAGAAAAAGAAGAUGCAAUUGAAAGUAUCGAACUUGCUUAUGCUAUGAGCAAUCUGAUAUCAGAAGUUGACCUCUUGCUUUCUGACUGUCAAUUGUUAGAUUCUUUGGAACCAUCUACAGUCCCUCCUGAGGGAUCAGAUGCAUUCAGCUGGUGUGAUGAGCAAAUACAGAUGACAUCAUCAAUUGCACAGCAUGGUUUUUGUUUUUAUGCAAAAGACAUAGCUGCUGUAGGAUCAAAGAUGGUUUCUGAGAGCAGUGCCAAUUUGCCCUCAGAGAUGUUGGCUUCCACAACUGAUAUGAUGGCAUUGGGUAAAUUAAUUGGACAGGAUAUGAGAACAAGUAGAACAUUGUAUGUUGCAAGGGAUUUAAAGAUGAUUCUGGGUCCACCUAAAAGUGACUUUUCAAAUAGUGAAAUGAAUUCGAGUCUUUUUAAUAUAAUCCAGUCCAUACUUCCUGCAAGAUCAUACUUGACAGUGAGAGAUGUCAGAUUCUAUGAGUAUCUUUCUUCAUUGCGUCUCAUUUCAAGAUCAGAAGCUUCCCGUUUGUCUGAAGGCACUGAGAAGACCAGAAGACGGAGGGGACGGGUUGCUCGACACUACUUGAGCACUGGUUCAAUGGCAUUGUCUCGUGAAGACAUACUGUUGCUGGGUCAAUAUGAUGACUUUCUUGGGAAGAUUUCAACCCAAAGAAUCGAUGGUAAUUGAGAUAGAACUUCACAACUUGGAAAUCUAACUGAGUUAAUAACCUCCUCGUUGAUAUUAUAAUAUGGUCAUUAGCGGAAAAAUGUGGCAUAAUUAUAUGGAUUAGCACCAUAUGAUUCCCUUUACUUUAGAGUGAAAUAUUCAGAGUGACCAGCCUUAUACCACAGCCCAACAGCCACGGGGGAGGAUAGCACAUUGCCUGAUGAAAGGGGUUUCCCGGUGUAGCUAACUUGAGCCAACCUGGGAUAUGAUUUUAUUCAUUCCAUUUCCCUCAUUGUUUAGCCUAUAGUCAUAUUAUGACAAUUGUAUUAUCUUAUAAAAUUAUGCAAGUAUUCGACACUCAUUUUUCUCAA